ACACUGUCAAUUUGGCGUCGCUGCAGCCACGAAAAGAGCUGCAUUUCUUUUUGCGACUUUGAUAGAGAGUUUUCCGUUUUCCCCGACUAAGCCAUGUCGCCAAAGACAAAGAAAAUGGUGGUCAAGAUCCCACGUCACCCGUACUUCAGUGUGCAGGGCGAGAGAAGCGUUGAGCGGGAGGUGGAGUACAAGGUUCGCAAGUGUCGUGUGAACCUUGAGCGAAUUAAAUCGUCGAGCACCCCGGCAUCUCGUCCAUUUCCGUUGAAACCAAAGCCAAAAAGAUGCAUUGUACGAGUGGCCCGCCUUCCUGACGUGGAGCGCAGCGAGAUAUCCGUCACCCCGGCCAGUUCCAUAAUGAAUUCUGAUAUUGACGAGGGUAGUUCCAGUGAAUAGGAGCUAAGAACUAUAGACAAACCCGACUGUCCGGGUGUCUAAAUCUUCACCCGGAACCACCACAUACCUUAAUUAUACUAUUAACUCCACUGUUCGCAUCUGGUUAACAAUAAGUUAACUCAUCAUCCAGUAAUCAUAGUUCGACAAAAACCUUAGGACUCCUAUUUCUUAUAUAAAGUAUAAUCCAAAAAAGGAUUGACAUGAAUGGCGUAUCUUUUACUGAAUAUAUAAGAUUUGCACCCACAACCUUAAACGGUUUUUUAAUCAACAUCGAUUUCAUUAAAAUAUAUACGCCCAAUACAAAUUAA